AGCUGCUUUCAUAAUAACUUCGCCGGAGAAUCCUCCUCCUUCCCGAUAACGGCGACUGACCAUGGAUUCGGAAAAGCUGCUCCACCUCUCUCUCUUCCUCCCACUUCUCCUCUCAUUCCACUUCAAAAUCUCCGAAUCCUCCGCCCACAUCUACCCUUCCCAGCCCUUCCACGAUGUCGGCAACUCUCUCCUCCUCUACGGCGGCAGCGAAGGAAUCUUCGCCUCCUCCCGUUCUUUCAUCAGGUUCGAGAACAUCACUCUCUGGAGAACAAACGACUUACAGCGAAAAGGACGUAACGGCCUAGUCCAAGCCGUGAUCUUCGAGGCCUCGGAUCGCAACAACAUCGGCGGCUCAGCUUACGGCGGCCAGAGAUCCAUCUGCUGCACUCCAGAUCUGGCCAAGCUCCAAGGCUGUAAGCAAGGCGAGAUCAUUAGGAUCCCUUCCGCGCGCGAUCCCAAUUGGCCUAUCCUCUUACGCGCCAGAUUCAAAGGGAAAACCUUAUCUGCUAAGAUGGAAGACACUGAGAUUCAAAUCAAGAAGACUGGAAUGUACAAUCUCUUGUUUAUAUCGUGUGAUUCGAAGCUCAAGGGGCUUAAGAUGACUGGGAAGACUGUUUGGAAGAAUCCUGAGGGUUACCUUCCCGGGAGAAUGGCUCCGUUGAUGAGGUUCUAUGUGUACAUGUCGUUUGCGUAUUUGCUGCUCAGUGCCGUGUGGUUCUUCCAGUACUUGAGGUUUAGGAAAGAUAUACUGCAGCUUCAGCAUUGUGUAACGGUUGUUAUUGUGCUUGGUUUGCUUGAGAUGGUGUUUUGGUAUUUGGAUUAUGCGAAUUUUAAUAAUACGGGGAAGAGGCCGUUGGCGCUUACUACUUGGGUUGUUACUAUUGGUGCUUUUAGGAAGACUGUGUCUAGGAUUCUGAUUCUUUGUGUUUCGAUGGGGUUUGGAGUUGUUAAGUCUACUCUUGGUGGUCUUACUUCUAAGGUUUUGCUUGUUGGAGCUACUUACUUUGUGGCUUCUGAGAUGCUUGAUAUAGCUGAGAAUGUUGGUAUAAUCGAUGAUGUGUCUGGAAGAGCCAAGCUUUUUCUUGUCUUGCCUGAUGCCUUCCUGGAUGCGUUUCUCAUAUUGUGGAUCUUUACCUCUCUCUCGAGAACACUAGAACAGUUACAGAUGAAGAGGACCUCGGUGAAGUUGGAUAUUUACCGGAAAUUCUCAAAUGCUCUAGCGGUUUUGGUUGUUGCAUCUGUUGCUUGGAUAGUGUAUGAGGUGCACUUCAAAGCAACCGAUCCGUUUAAUGAACGAUGGCAGACUGCUUGGACUAUAACUGCCUUCUGGGAUGUUAUUGCAUUUGUAUUACUAUGCAUUAUUUGCUAUCUCUGGACCCCGUCUCAGAACUCUCAAAGAUAUGCGUAUUCGGGAGAAGUAGAUGAAGAAAACGAAGAAGUUCAGUCUCUGACAGGGGGAAAGCAAGAUGGUGAUAUUAGCUUAGUCAAGCUAGAGAAGGAUAGUGGCUCGGACACGGAAGAAGAUAUUGAGGAAGAUAAGAGGGAAUGAGCCAGAAUCAGUAAAAGAAACAGGUUGGCAUCUGUGCUUUUGAUCACAAGUCCAGUGAAGUAUAGUGUCUUUUCAGCAUCAGGUCAACUUUAACACAAAGCAACCAAAACGUUUUCAUACAAGAAAUAUCCUAUCUGUAACAAAAGAAGAAGACUGCUUGUGUUUUACCAUGUGUUUGUAUUCGAGUUCUAUCUAUCCUCGUUUGUUUUCUAGUACAUAAAAUCAUCUGUUUCUCACCACAAAUAUUCAGUUUUCUCAAUCUAAGUGACGACUUUGGCUUA